AUGACCCGACCCGUGAAACGCGAGCCCGGCACCGGACCCGUGAAACGCGAGCCCGGCGCCGGACCCGACAAUGUGGCCGCCGCCGCCGCCGGCGUCGUCGACUUGAGUGACUGCAGAGUUCUCCGUUCUCAGUACCAUACUGUCCAGAAUCUCAUCCAAGGUAAAAACAACUACUUCUCUCAGUUCUCCCUGCUUGAUCAAUACGCAUCCAAGGGUUUCAAUUUGAAUUCCCCCUAUUUCUCUUUCGCCGCCAUUGUGAUCGCAGAUGAAGCAGACGACAUCGGAAGCGCGGAAUCCAACAAGUUCAACACCAUAUUCAACCAGCUCCAGAGCUUGCACGAGCGAGUGACCAGACCGAGGGAGCAAUUGGCUGAUGCAGAGGCUCUGUUGGGGAUCACAAGCUCGUUGGUGAAAGGAGCCAAGAUCAAUUCCAACGCCGUUACGCCUUCCAAGUUCAUCGAUUUCGUACUCAGAGACUUUGGCAGGGUUCAACACUACAGGCAUAGUGAUCGAAAGAGGACGUCCGUUAACUGGCAGAAGAUUGGUGUUUCAGUGGCUCAUAUAUUCCAGCCCUUUCGAGGAUGCUCUACAAUGGUUGGCACAAACAGUGCAGUGAAGCAGAGGAAGCCUGCAGCUAGGAGAGGCCGGCGGCGACCGAGCGAAAAAUCUGCCUUGCCGAAACAGGUCGAUCCUCAGGUCGAGGAACAGGAGAAGACGGGCACGACGGAUGGAACUAUGGUGACCAUGUUCAGUAUCUUGAGGAAGGAGAGGAAGGUGGAUCUUGAACACCUGAUACUGAACAGUAGCUCGUUUUCGCAGACGGUGGAGAAUUUGUUUGCAUUGUCGUUCCUUGUAAAAGACGGAAGGGUCGAGAUUCAAGUUGAUGAUGAAUCUGGUCGCCAUAUAGUCUCUCCGAGGAAUGCACCAUCAGCCACUAUGAUUGCCUCCGGCGACGUUUCUUACCGGCAUUUUGUCUUCAAAUUCGACUACAGUGAUUGGCAGUUGAUGUGCUCUUCAGUCGGGGAUGGUAAGGAGCUGAUGCCACAUAGGACUCAAGAAGCCAGCUCCGCUGUCUAG